AUGUGUCCAUGGGCCCAAGCUAUUCAAAAGCAAAGUAAAUCUCGGCCAGACGACGACGGCACCGUCUUCGUCCAAAACGCGCCUGAGUCCUGUCAGAAUGAUAUCCCCACUCAGCCAGCAGCAGAGCUCGCCCAGAACGCUGUGACCCAUAAUUGGGUCACGGCAUCCGGCGCGGUGAUGAGCGCUCCGUGGAAGGACCUUUCGACAAUUUAUGUUUAUUGCGCCCAGGACCAAGCGAUAUUGCAGCCACUGCAGCAGAGUUUCGUUCAGGAGGCGGUAGACGCAAGUGGCUCCGCACCUAUGGCUACGGAGACCAACGAUUCGUGCCACUGCCCUUUCCUGAGCAGACCAGAUGAAGUUAUUGGAUCGUGA